UCGUCUAACCUAGUUGCCCCCCUUCUCCAAAGCCGGCGGCGCUUCCUCGUCUCUACCAGAGAGAGAGAGCCCCCCUUCUCCAAAGCCGGCGGCGCUUCCUCGUCUCUACCAGAGAGGGAGAGAGAGAGAGAGAGAGGCGUGGGAGGAAGAGGGAUUGGAAGAGGAGCACGAGGAGGAUAUGGAAGCGUCGGAGGAGGAAGGGGAGGAUGUGGUGGUGGGGCAGAUGCCAACGUUCAUGGUCCCAAAGCACAUCAAUAAGCGCGCCCUGAAGAACAAGGCCCUCUCCGUCUCCCUCGACAAGAAAGCCCUCAAGGAUUUCGUGACUGGGUUUCACAAGAGAAAGAAGAAGAGGAGAAAGGAGGCGCAGAGGAUUACGCAGGAGAAGGACAGACGGAAGCGAAUCGAGGCACGCAAGAAGAGAAAGCAAGAGAAAGAGAUUGCUCUAUACGGUAAAGUCGUGUCAUCAGAAAAUGCGGAUGGUGAAGACGGUGAUGGUGAUGGGAUGGAUGCAGCUGCGCCUGAAAUCAAGACAUAUGAAGAUGGCGGGACUAGAAUAACAGUAGUCACCAGUGAAAUUACUCAUGGAGAGGAGGAUGACCAGAAAUCCGUGUCAAGGAGCUAUGCUAAGGAGACUUGCGGUGUGGUUAGUGCCAAGAAGCAGCCCAGUUUAGGCGUGAAGAAGAAGCCGCCACCAAAGAGGCAAUUCAGCAAAAGCAAGAAGACUAAGAAGGUUGACACGAGUAGACGGAAGAACAAAGGAAAGCAUUGACGUUGCCUAUGGCUGUGGAGGGACGGGCCUGAGUUGCAUUUAUUUUACUAGCAUGCCCGUGCGUUGCAAUGGGAGAGAAAAAGAAAUACAUGCUAGCCGUUGCAACGGGAGAGAAAAAGAAAUACACGCUAGCCAAAUAAGUAUGACUCAAUAAUCUGACAUAUGAGUGUCCUCUAUUUUAACACAGUGACUCGCCAUGUUAUCAACAUGUUUUAUAAUUUGCGAACAAUUUUGUAAAAUAACUAAUAUUUUUUGAAA